AUGGGUCAAACUGCUUACGACUGCGAACGCGCAGUCAACUAUCAUCUCGGAAAAGCCAACCUGGUGGCUGACACCCUCAGUCGUAAGAAAACCAAACCUAAGGGUGUACGCGUGUUACAGCUUACUAUCCACUCCAGUCUUCCUACCCAGAUUUGUGACGCUCAGAGUGCAGCAUUGAAAGAGGAGAACAUCCUAGCUGAGUCCAUGCGGAGCAUGGAAAAGCAACUCGCAUGCAAGGAAGAUGGCAAUUAUUAUUUCAUGGAACGUAUCUGGGUUCCAUCCUACGAAAACCUACGAGAGAGGGUUAUCGGUGAAGCACCCAAGCCUCGCUACUCGGUGCAUCCUAGUUUUGACAAGAUGCACCAAGAUCACAAGACUCUGUACUGGUGGCCCGAAACCAUCAGGACUACUCCAACCCCCAGAAAUUCCAACGUGGAAAUGGGAGUAGAUUUCCAUAGAUUUCGUCACUAG